UUGUUGCUUUUGAUUUUCCAGGAUGUACAACGGUUUCCUGCUGACCAGGACAAAGAUGUUUGCCGAGCGGACCCCGUGCAUCAAUCUAGCAGGCAAGUGGAAUCCAAGAAGGAGCCAGUGCAGCUGUGGUCAGAAUUUCUCAGUGUCCAUCUGCAUCCUCGCACAAUUCACCUGAUUACACGCUAUCUGCACAACAAUCCAGAUGAUCCCUUUGACCUGUUUGGGAUAGGAAACCAAUGUGCAGAUGAUCCUGAGUGGCAGAACAGUUUCAUGGAUGAUGUACGCUGGUUUGCAGAAGAUUGUGAUUCUCUUCAGGCUUUCAACAUUCUACUUGAUGGCCACAAUGGUUUUACUGGCUUGACUAGCAGCCUUCUUGAGAUCCUUCGCGAUGAUUACCCAAACAAGUCCUUUGUCUGCUGGCCUCUGUAUCAGCCUCUCCACAAUAGCAUCAAUGAAGGACGUGUUGCCCUUGACAUGGCGCACCGUCACUUCAACACGGUCAUGUGCUACCACAGCCUCAACCGACUGUCUUCGGCCUUCUGUCCACUGAGUGUAUCUAGCAGCCACUUUCAGCCCCUUCUUCGGGACUUCAAGUAUCUCAAGUUGGGAGCUGACCUGCCUCACUACAAUACUAGCGGUGUCCUUGGCCUGGCCCUUGACAAUAUCAUGUGCGCUCUCAAGCUGAAAAGCCAACCUCUGGAAAUGCCUGAGCUCUUUGGCCAGCUGUGCAGCCCCAGCAAAAAGCUGUGUGUGCUGGGAAUGGGCCUGCCCCUUGGUCUCGGUGAGCUCCAGCUGCUGGCAGACUGGACCCAAGGCAGCAGCCUCGUAAUGCUCACCCCGGGAGCUGGCAGCCCUGCACCGUCGGCAAUGAACCUGGCUGUGAUGAGAGGGUGCAACGCUAGCAUGGUGUCCAAAUUCCCACGACGGAUACAGGAUCCCAGUGAAGUGCUGUGGAGAUUUGCAGAAUGUGUGUGCGAAGGAUCCCUUACGUGGUUGAGGGAAGUGGAAAAUCCAUCCCGCCUUGUCUCCCAUACCUUUCCGGACAUCUUUGGGCCAUUUGUUACUUCAACUGGCCUGAUUUCUUGCCAAGCUAGAGGGGCACAAACAAGCGUUGACUACGUUCCCUCAGUGACGUGUCUGCAAAAUGGAUUGGCAGCCAGCGAUGUGGUCUCCGAAGUGGUUCAGUGGGGAAGACGGCUGGACUUGGGACGCUUUCACCGUUGUGUGGUUGCUGGGACUGAGCCUGAUUUGUAUCGCGAAGCUCUUCACACUGUGCAGGAACUGGGGAGCAGCUGAA